AUGAAUCUACCCAAGGUUGGCACUGGGAGGAACAAUGAUGCAUCUUCCUGGCUUGUGAAGUUCAGUAUUCUCUGGCUUCUUAGUCAGAACUGUUGCAGAGCCGGCGCUGUGUGGACUGCUUACAUGAACAUAUCCUUCCAUGUCGGGAAUCGCAUGUUGUCUGAGCUGGGGGAGUCUGGAGUGUUUGGAAGAAGCUCCACUUUGAAGAGAGUGGCGGGCGUUAUCGUGCCACCAGAGGGAAAGUCCCAAAAUGCAUGUAACCCCAGUACCCGCUUCAGCCGGUCAAAGGGCGCAGAGACAUGGCUUGCACUUAUUGAGCGGGGAGGUUGUACAUUCACACAGAAAAUUAAGGUGGCAGCUGAGAAAGGAGCCAGCGGUGUCAUCAUCUAUAACUUUCCAGGAACUGGCAAUCAGGUUUUUCCCAUGUCUCAUCAGGCAUUUGAAGACAUCGUGGUGGUGAUGAUUGGCAACUUAAAAGGCACCGAAAUUUUCCACUUAAUUCAAAAAGGUGUUCAUGUCACAGCUGUGAUCGAAGUGGGGCGAAAACGCAUCAUUUGGAUGAAUCACUACUUUGUCUCUUUCGUUAUUGUCACAACCGCAACCUUAGCCUAUUUGGUCUUUUAUUAUAUUCGAAGAUUUUGGGUAGCAAGGAUUCAGAACAGGAGAUGGCAGCGAUUAACAAGAGAUCUCAAGAAAGCAUUUGGCCAGCUGCAAGUCCAGGUGUUAAAAGAGGGGGACGAGGUAAUAACUCCAAAUGGAGACAGCUGUGUAGUUUGCUUUGAACUCUAUAAGCCUAAUGAUACAGUUCGUGUUCUGACUUGUAAACAUUUUUUCCACAAGAAUUGCAUUGACCCUUGGAUUCUAGCUCAUGGGACAUGCCCCAUGUGCAAAUGUGACAUUCUUAAAGCUCUGGGAAUUCAAGCAGAUAUUGAAGAUGGAGCAGAAUCUUUGCAGGUUCUAAUGGCAAAUGAAUUGUCUGGUACCCUGUCACCUAAUGAUCAGGGGACAGGUAAUGAACUUCCUCCUCCAAGGAGAGCAGAUAAAGUGACCCAGGUGCAAGAGCAGCCCAGGUCUCAGAACAGCAGCCAGCUGACUCCAGUAGAAGAGUUUCAUUCUUCACCUAGACAGCAUGACUUUUGA